AUGAAGAACAGAUUCAACACAUAUGAUAUUAUGUGCAUGGUCACAGAAUUACAAAGACUAAUUGGAAUGCGAGUAAACCAAGUCUAUGACAUAGACAACAAGACAUAUGUGAUCCGUCUACAGAGGUCGGAGGAGAAGAGUGUGCUACUCUUGGAGUCCGCCAACAGAUUCCAUACCACACAGUUCGAAUGGCCCAAGAAUGUUGCUCCAUCUGGAUUUACUAUGAAGCUCCGAAAACACUUAAAAAACAAACGCCUGGAGAAGCUCUCACAGUUGGGCAUUGAUCGUAUAGUAGACCUGCAGUUUGGCAGCGGGGAGGCAGCGUAUCAUGUCAUUCUGGAGCUGUAUGACAGGGGUAACAUAGUGCUCACUGACUACGAGUGGACUAUACUUAAUGUGCUCCGGCCUCAUGUUGAAGGGGAUAAGGUUAGGUUUGCAGUAAAAGAAAAGUAUCCAUUAGACAGAGCGAAAACGAGCUACGCAGCGCCAUCUGCCGAGGCUCUACAGGAGAUACUCACCAACAGCAAGCCAGGAGAUAAUCUGAAGAAAGUACUUAAUCCUAAAUUAGAAUUCGGUUCAGCAAUCAUAGACCAUGUUCUACUAGAGAAUGGUCUGUCAGGCACCAUGAAAAUUGGUAAGGAGCCCGGCAAGGGGUUCAAUGUGGAACAGGAUCUGGAGAAGCUGGUGAAAGCGCUGAAACAGGCUGAAGAACUGCUGGAUGUUGCUAGGACGCAGGUGGCCAAGGGCUACAUAACACAGAAGAAGGAGACCCGUCCGAACCCUAAUGGAGAAGGCUCCAGUUUCCUGCUCAUCGGGCAGGAGUUCCACCCGAUGUUAUUUGCUCAGCAUCGAGAGAUGCCCCACGCUGAACAUGAGACCUUCGACCGAGCGGUGGAUGAGUUCUUCUCUACUCUAGAAGGACAGAAGAUUGAUAUGAAGACGGUGCAAGUGGAACGCGAAGCUCUAAAGAAGCUGCAGAACGUGCGCAAUGACCAUGAGAAGCGAGUGACAGAGCUGUGCCGGGCUCAGGACGAGGACCAGAAAGCUGCUGAGCUGAUCUCCCGGAACCAACCUCUCGUGGAGCAGGCGAGGUUGGCUGUACAGGCUGCUAUUGCGAACCAGAUGUCAUGGGACGACAUACACCUCCUAGUGAAGACGGCCCAGGACAACGAUGAUCCCAUAGCGUCCUGCAUCAAGCAUUUGAAGCUGAACACCAAUCAUAUCACCUUGUUGUUGACUGACCCUUAUGAUGAAGAGGAUCUGAAGCCGAUGCUGGUGGAUAUCGACCUGUCGCUCACUGCUUAUGCUAAUGCUAGAAGGUACUACGACCAAAAACGCAACGCAGCCAAGAAACAGCAGAAGACGUUAGAAUCCGCCGGCAAAGCGCUGAAGAGUGCGGAGAGAAAGACCAAGCAGACGUUGAAGGAAGCUCACACUGUCAGCAACAUCAUCAAGGCGAGGAAGACUUACUGGUUCGAGAAGUUCUUCUGGUUUAUCUCUUCUGAUAAUUAUCUGGUGAUAGGCGGGCGCGACCAGCAACAGAACGAGCUGCUGGUGAAGCGGUACCUGCGCGCGCGCGACGUGUACGUGCACGCGGAGGUGACGGGCGCGUCCUCUGUCGUCGUCAAGAACCGCGCCGCCGGGGACGUGCCGCCCAGGACGCUCGCCGAGGCGGGACAGGCUGCCGUAGCUUAUAGCGUGGCCUGGGAAGCGAAAGUCCUGACCCGUGCAUGGUGGGUGUACGCGUCCCAAGUAUCGAAGUCCGCACCCACGGGCGAGUACCUCACGACCGGCUCCUUCAUGAUCCGUGGACGCAAAAACUACUUGCUACCUGACCAUCUGCAGUUCGGAUUCAGUUUUAUGUUCCGGUUGGAGGACAGUUGUAUAGAGCGUCACCGCGACGAGCGCAAGCCGAUCGCGCUGGACGACGCGUCCGUGGUCACCUCCACGCAGGAACUGGAGGAGGACCAGGAGAUACUCGUCUCUGAUGAUGACGAGCCAUCAGAUAAAGAAGAAGAAAAAGAAGAAUCCAGCAAAUUAGACGCUAUAAGAGAAGAGUCACAACCAGCUGGAGAAGAUACAGAAGCCACAGAAGACAAAGAAGCAGAGGAGAUUGAACAAAGAGAGAAUGAGAAGCAGAAAGAAGAGGAUUCGGACGAUGACAGUGAUUCUUCUGAGGAGGAUGCUCUUGAUACACAUAUUAAGGUGGACCACGGUACCGGCGAGGUGUUCGUCCGAUCUACAUCCAGAACUAUUUCCGAAAUGUCGGAUAGAAGCGAAGACAAAAUGCCAUCAUUCCCGUCGUUACCAAAGAAGGGAGGUAAGAAGCAGCCGCAGAAACAGCAGAAGACGAAAGAAGAGAAGCAAGAGAAGAAAGAAGGAAUGAAACGCGGACAGCGCAGCAAGUUGAAGAAGAUCAAGGAGAAGUACAAGGACCAGGAUGAUGAGGACAGAGCUAUUAUGAUGGAACUGCUACAGUCGGCUAAAGGCGAGAAGGAAUCGAAGAAGGCCCAGAAGAAGGCUGCAGCGGCUAAGGCUAACAAGGUGAAGGUGCCCAAGGGAAGCAAGAUCCCGCAGCCCGCGCCCCUACUGCUGGAGGCGGACUCCGAGCCUGAGGACCUGGAGAAUGAACCUGAUUUGGAGCAGACAGGUCCGGACGCGGACUCCGACCUCCUGAACCAGUUGACUGGUGUACCAAACGAGGAUGACGAGCUACUCUUCGCUGUACCUGUCGUGGCGCCAUACUCCGCCCUUAUAAAUUACAAAUACAAAGUUAAGUUAACACCAGGCACCGGCAAGCGAGGUAAGGCAGCAAAGACAGCAGUACAAGUAUUCCUCCGCGACAAGGCAGGCACUGCCAGAGAAAAGGAUCUACUCAAAGCCGUCAAAGAAGAAAAUAUCGCCCGCAACUUCCCCGGCAAAGUGAAACUGUCCGCGCCACAGUUGCAUAAACAUAAGAAAUAG